AUGACCGGCUGUGAGUGUGUUUGGUUACAGAUGAGGAGGCAGCAGACAGGCAUGCCCACGCUCGCCUCUGCUCUCCGGGAUGUUUACACCUCUCCACCGUGCCCGCUCCCCGCCCGACACCUUCCACUAAUUGACCCUGAGCUGCCUCUGGACUACGAGACGAAGAAGGCCUACACGUUCAAAGUGGAUGCCACGAACGCUCACUUGGACCCACGUUUCCAGAGCCACGGUGCGUUCAAGGACACAGCCACGGUCAAGAUAAAUGUGCUGGACGUGGACGAGCCGCCCGUGUUCAACAAGCACCAGUAUGUGAUGGAUGUGUACGAGGACACGCCCGCGGGAACCAUCAUCGGAGCAGUCACGGCGCAGGACCUGGACGCCAGCAGCAGCCCAGUCAGACAAGUGACUUUGCGACGCUCCGGUCUCUGCAGAUUUGGUUCAGAGAAAGAGGCAGAGACACAGAGCUGCAGAAGCCCAGGAUUAAACCACUGCAGUCUCCGUCCAAGUCUGGAAAAGAAGCUCCUUAUCCGUCGCCCUGAGGCUCCCACUGUGGUCGGACUCAUGAAUAUUCACGCCGUUGCCCCUCACUUGUGUUAA